AGCCUUCGGGGCCCAUGGCCAAGCGCCGUGCGGCCGAGCCGCUGACGUUCCACGUGCCUUGGAAGCGGCUCCUGCUCUGCGACUUUCCUGAGGAGCCGCCGCCGCCGCCGCCGCUCUGGAUCCCGCCGCCGGGGGCCUCGCAUCCCGGGCGGCCCCUCGGCUUCCCCGAGCUGCCCCGAAAGCGUAAAAUCGACGUGGGGGCUAUGACUGAGCCUUCGGUUUCGCCCAGCAAGCGCCGCGACGACGGGGAUACCGGUGCUCAGGGCGGCGCGGAGCGUGAGGGCCGCGGCCUGGAGACCGGCGAGUCGCAGCUGCUGCAGCCGCCCGUGCGGCCCAGCGGGCCGGGGGAGGAGCCCCGGGGUGUCCGGCCCCCGAGAGGCGGUGGCGACGAUGGGGCGGGGCGCGCAGAGUCCCAGCGGGGAGAGUGGGGGGCCGCACCGCGCCAGCUCAGUGAAGAAUUUUGGCAGUAUAACACCUUCCAGUACUGGAGGAACCCUUUACCACCUAUUGAUCUGGCAGACAUUGAAGAUGUAAGCGAAGACAACCUGAUAGAAACAGCACUGCAGGGCAAGAAUGAAGUGGCUGAGAUUGAUAUGGAGUCUUGACAGAAGGAGCUAAAGAAGUGGGUUUUUCUCAACUCGAGGAGACAUCUCUAGAUGAAUUUAUGUAUUAAGGAAAAAAGUUAUUUUCCAUACUUGAUGUGAUAUCAUUCCCAAACCUGAAAAAUGAGGAAAAGUUGUUUCAAAAUGAAUGCCUGCAGUCAGUACUAUAUCUCCCAAUGGGGAUUUGUCAAGGAUAUAGUGCAGUUGUAGGGGAAGUACAAUAUGUGUGCAUUCUUAAGAAAAAUGUAUGUGUAGUUUCUAAAUUUGAAGAUAUCAGUCUUACAAAAUGGAAUUCUGACUGUUACAGAAAUAGAUGGGAAACAUUCAGAUAUUCCUGUUGUUGCACCAAAAAGUUAAUUUGUGUACAUGAAAUGAAUAUUGUUUUAUAAUAACUUAUUAAUAAAAUACUUUCUAAUACA